AAUGAGAUAACUAACAAACGACUGGAGCCAAAUGUCACUGGUGCCACCAGUCAGCCGGUCACAGCUCUCUCUCUCUCUUCUGAGCUGGGCCUUUCACCUUUGUUGGAUUCGCGAAGAAAAGUUUUGAAUCUAUUGAAAAUUGUUUGAAUCUAUUGAAAAUUCUUUCUUCUGUUACGCAUACAUAUUGGGUUUGCCCUCAGAGCUCAUUGAAGACCAAUGGCAAGUGGGCGAAAUGGGUUCAAAUCCUUUAUUUAAUAUAGACAAACAAAUGUUCAAACACUAUUGUUUGUCAAAGAAUGAAGGUGAAACAAUGUUCUGGCUAGUUGAGCAUCAAAAUGACGCAGCAGCAUCUUCAGUAAAUUGUUUUGCGCUCUCAGGUACCCCAGUUUGGAAACUGGGAAACUGAGGAAAAUGUUCCUUACACAGCCUAUUUUGAUAGUGCAAGGAAGGUUAAAAGUGGCGGGAAGAUGAAUCCAAAUGACCCCCAAGACACUCCCAAUAAGUUUUCCAGUAACUCUUCUCCAGUUCGAGCUCCUGCAUUACAAGAAGAUGCUGAACCAAAAGGUGGAAUCAAUCCACAGGCAGUAAGGUCAAAGCAGGAGUGUCGCACUAGCCGAGAAGAUGGUGAGGUUAGGAUGCUAUCUAAUUCCCCAUUGCACCCUGACACUGUAGGACAGAGGGCUACAACUGACUUGUCUCUUCAACAUCAUGGUGGUGUAAGAUCUGGAAGCAGUAAAUCAGAAUCAGGAACACCAAAGGGCACAUUAAGACCGAGGCAUGAUCGCCGGCCAAGCCGAGAAGAUGGUGAUCUGAGGAGACCAACUGAGUCUCCAUUACACCAUGACACUGUAGGUCGGAGAACCACUGUUGACUCGCCUUAUCAUCGUUAUGGUGGCUUAAGCACUGGUGAUACCCCCAGAAGAGUUUCACGGCAAAGUGCAGGAUCUGAUCGCAGCAUUGAACACUCACCACUGCACCCACAUUACCAGGCAAAGGUUGGAGUUAAAGGCAGUGGAGUUUCUUCUCCCUCAUGGGAUAGAAAGGGUUCAUCUGAAGGUAGCCAUGGCCUUGCUCCCUCAACUCCUGGAAGAUCCCGGCUGAGAUCAGUUAAUCGAGGCGAUGGAACUCCUGAUCAUAGCCCUGCUGUCCCCAAAUUUGGUGAUUGGGAUGAAAGCGACCCUGCGUCAGCUGAAGGGUACACCCACAUAUUCAACAGAGUGCGAGAGGAAAGGCAGAGUGAGGCAGGAAAGGUACCUGUCACAACCACCGAAAAUUUUUAUUCAAACCGUCAGAAGCAAUAUGGAAAUGAAAAUUCCAAGAGUUGUUGCUGUUUUCCAUGGGGCAGAAAAUGAUAUCUUUUGUACAUGGAUGAACAGAAAGCGUGUGACGCCUUCAUACUAUAUAUAUAGCUUGGAAGACUAUCUAAUGUAUAGAUUAAUUUUCUAGCAAGUGUAUUCUUUCUGGUGUGCUUUUGAUGAUAAGAACACGAAAGAAAAUGAAGUUUAGAUGGGAAAACAACAAUCCCUUUUUGUUUUU